UCAUAGAGUUGAGCAAAGCAGCAGCAGCAAGAAGAAGAAAUUAGGGUUUUUAGGGUUUACCCUUUUCUACUCUCAUUUUUCUAUUCAUAAGGUUUUUUCGUAAAUGGUAAUUGCAGCAGCAGUAGUCUAUGGUUUGUAUUGGUUCAAAAGCGCUUCAAUCAGGAAGAUACAAAACUCAUAACAAUCACAAUCUCAUAGAAGAAGAGUAUCCUCAAAUGCCUGGGGACAGAAUGAAUCGUAUCACUGAUAAUCAAUCCGGAGGUAGAAGGAGUAAUAAUAAUACUAAGGGAAGCAAAAACAGAAGACCUGGUAAAGAACAACAUCACGGCGGCGGUGGUGGUGGUGAUAAGUAUUCGUCAUAUCAACAAUCAUCAUCCGUUGUGAGGAAACAAGUGGAUCCAGAGACGGCAAAGUACUUUUCGGAAAUUGCUAAUUUAUUAGAAGGAGCUGAGAUUGAGGAGCGGAAUGUUAUAUGUGGAAAUGCAUUAGAGGAAACAAGAGGGAAAGAAUUAGAACUUGCUACUGAUUAUAUUAUUAGUCAUGAUUUACAAGCAUUACUUGAAGGUGCUGAUUUGGAUCAAUUAUGUGGUUUCUUACAAAAUGCUGCAAAGGUGUUUCCCUUGAUUGCGAUGGAUAGGUCAGGCUCACAUGUCGCUGAGACUGCGUUGAAAGCUUUGGCUGUGCAUCUUCAGGAUAAUGAUAUGUAUGCCAUUAUUGAAGAGACUUUAACCAAGAUAUGUCAGGUGAUUGUGGUAAAACCUGUUAAUGUGAUGUGUGACCGUUAUGGAUCACAUGUUCUGAGGAGUCUUCUUUGUCUCUGUAAAGGAGUUCCAUUGGAUUCUUCGAAAGAGUUUCAUGUAACGAAGUCAUCUACUGUUCUAGCAGAGAGGUUUAGUACCAAGGAAACAAAGGAUGUUGGAAAUAACACACAGCAUCAGCGAGGAUUUCCUGAUUUACUAAAAUUUCUUGUUACACGGAUGAUAGAAUGUGCCAAAAAAGAUAUUGCAACUCUCUGGGUUGACCAGUGUAGCAGUUUAGUGAUGCAGACUGCUUUGAAGUUAUUAGUGGGAGAAGAUAAAGAGUUGAUGAACAUAAUUCCUAUCAUUCUUGCCUGUCAUGGAGAAAAUACAGGAGAAGAAGGAGACCUGAUACAAAAUGUUGCUGUGCUGAAAACGCUGGAUUUGUUGAAUGACAAUGCUUUUAGUCAUUUAAUGGAGGUCAUUUUGGAAGUGGCACCGGAGACCCUAUACAAUGAAAUUCUCACAAAAAUUUUCAGCAAUAGGUUAUUCAAGGUCUCUUCAACUCACUUGGGAAGUUUUGUGAUCCAGUCGUUAGUUUCUGCUGCAAAAACCCAAGAUCAAAUGGACUUAAUUUGGAAAGAGCUGGGUGGAAAGUUUAGAGAACUUCUUGAACUUGGGAGGUCAGGAGUGGUUGCGUCCAUCAUAGCUGCAAGUCAAAAGCUUCACACAAAUGAAAGGAAGUGUUCCGAGGCGCUUGCUGCUGCAGUAUGUUCUACUUCUGAAUCUAGUAACUGCAUUGUUCCUCGGUUAUUAUUCCUAGAAAGCUACUUUAGCAGUGAAGAUAAGUCCAACUGGAAGUGGGGCAAGGAUGACAAGAUGAAUGUCUUGGGUUGUCUAAUGCUACAAACAGUCUUCAAAUUUCCGAGUGGAUUUAUUCAGCAAUAUGUGACGAGCAUUUUAUCCAUGGAAACAAAUCAUGUUUUGGAAGCAGCAAAGGAUGCAGGAGGAGGACGUGUUAUUGACUGUUUUCUAUCUUCGAAUGUUUGUGCGAAACAGACACGCAGAUUUAUAUACAAACUGCGGGAACAUUUUGGAGAGCUUGCAAUGCGCCCAUCGGGCUCUUUUAUAGUUGAAAAGUGUUUCACGGCCAGCAAUCUUACAUUAAGAGAGACUAUAGCAUCUGAGCUGUUAGCUGUGAGACCGGAACUGUCCAAAACAAAGCAAGGUCCGCAUCUGUUGAGGAAGUUAGAUAUUGAUGGAUAUGCAACACGGCCUGAUCAGUGGAAGUCAAGACAAGAAUCGAAACAAACAGCUUACAGAGAGUUUUAUGAUGCUUUUGGUUCUACUAAGAAAACGAAAAAGUCGAGCGAAAGCUUUGUUGGUGAAUCUUCCUCAAGAUUAUCACCGCCAAGGAGUGUAAAGAAGAUGAGGGUAGAGGUCGACCAAUUCUUGGCUUCCGCUGGUACUUCACAGCCCUCUGGCUCCUCCAACUUUCCAGGUCUUGAAGCUUCAAUGGCUAAAUUGGGUUUCACUGGGUUCAAACGACAUCACUCUAGAGGAGAAGAACGAGGAGGGGGUAAGAAAUUUAGAAAAGUCUCAGUAGAAGGCAAUUCUAUGAAAAAGGAAAGUAAAGAGUGGAAUAGAAAUAAGAAAAGGAAAGGUGGCGAUGACUUUAGAGCAUAGGUGGCUUAGUUCCUAUGUAAGUUUCGUUCAAAGGAAGAAGCAAAUUUUGUUUUGUUUUACUGUGUAAGCUAAAACUAAAACUAGUGUAUGUGAUAGUGCUGAUGAGCUAGAAGUAAGAAACUGUGGAAGUACGUAUUGAAGUUUAAUAUAUUUGUCAGGUCAAAAUAUCCAAAACAUACUUGAGAUAGUAGGUUUCUGC